GGUUUGAAUAGGGAAGUUUGCAGAGCGCAGUUGUUCCCCAUCCAGUCCGGUGCGGUGUUUGCAAAUACCUUGAACACAAGCGAGAGAAGGGGGGGACGGACGGACGCUCUUCUGCUGCUGAAAACAAGCGCCGCUUCGUUUGCAUCGCAUGCGACUUACAGCAGGGGAUACUCUUCGCUCUUAUUCCUCUCCACUGGGUGUUUUUAUACCUGAAAAAAAACAUCUAAGUGCAGCUAAAUAGGCUUCUUCUAUAUAUUUUUUUUCAAACUCGGGAAAAAAUGGAUGUUCUACCCAUGUGCAGCAUCUUUCAAGAACUUCAAAUAGUUCACGACACGGGCUAUUUCUCAGCCUUACCGUCACUGGAGGAGUACUGGCAGCAGACAUGCUUGGAGUUGGAGCGCUAUCUACAGAGCGAGCCUUACGUCUCCACAUCUGACCUCAAGUUUGACGGCCAGGAGGACCUCUGGAGCAAGUUGAUCUUGGCCUGCGGGGAUAAGGCCAAGGCCGAGUCCGACCCAAAGAUGGCGCCGGCCCACGAGGAGGACAAUCAGGAUAGCCAAAUCUUGGACACCAACAGUGUGAAUUCUGACGCCAGCAGCGAAGCUUCAGACAGUUCUGAGGAGCUCUCGCCAACACACAGCUUUACCUCCAACCCUCUGGGCUCUGUCUUGGUUGGCUCUGGACCUUUUAGCCCCUCCGUCAUUAGCACUCCACCGUCCUCGCCGGAGGCCAACUCCGAGCCCGGCGGCGUCACGAACGGCUGGGUCGGCACACACGCAGAGUUGCACUUGCCGGUCAAAAUCAGGAGCGGCGGGAUCGCUAAGAGUUCAGAAAAGACAGGACUCAUCUGCGGGGAAGCGUCACCAGACGGCAGGAGGCGAGUACACAGGUGUCACUUCAACGGGUGUCGCAAGGUUUACACAAAGAGCUCCCACCUAAAAGCACACCAGCGCACUCAUACAGGUGAGAAACCGUACAGGUGUUCAUGGGAGGGCUGCGAGUGGCGUUUUGCACGGAGCGACGAGUUGACCAGACACUUCAGGAAGCACACUGGGGCAAAGCCAUUUAAAUGCAGUCACUGUGACAGAUGUUUCUCCAGGUCUGACCAUCUGGCUCUUCACAUGAAGAGGCACAUCUAAAGCAGGGCGAGCACCAACCAAGCAACGCAGCGGAGGGGAAAGUUUUAAAAGAAGAAAAAAAAAAAACAAACAAACGCCGUCUCCCGACCAGUCUCUUGGUUGAACUGUCCCAGAGCAGAGUGGCGGGAGUGUGUUCCAGCCAAAGCAUGCCGUUUUGCACCAUACUGAAACCCAGUGCCUCCGGAACCUCUCUUUGGAGAAAGGCGCUCUGAAGGUUGUCUGUUGCAACAAGAGGACAAAAUCAUGGAUGGGGGAAGAGAUUUUUUUUUUUUUUUUUUUUUUGAUUGAGAAGGACACACACAAAAAAAAAAAGACAAAAAAAAAAAAAACACACGAAAAGAAUGAAUGAUUUUGUAUGUAUGGUGCAUGAUGUUUUGGGGACAUCUCCCGGACAGCAGAUACACUGGUACUUUACAAAAAGAAAAACUGUCUGAGGUAAGCAUGUGUGCACUGUGAAUGUCUGAGACUGGCUGACUGGCCCCCCUGGAAAGAGAGAAGAAGAGAGGAUGGGUGGAUUGAUGGAUGGUCUGGGGCUGGUACCAGUGUUGCUGUGGACUGAAUGGGUUUCUGGGGGAAACAUUCCAUUAGUGUUUCCCCAGUGGCAGUGUGAGGAUUACCUGCCUGUCUGUCUGGCACCCAGACUGGGGGUUCUCUGAAGCUGUUGAGGCCUUGGGUUUGACCAGAAAGAGAGGGUUUGACGUAUCACCCUUCUGAUCUGUGACCCAGGGACCAAGACUCCCCCCGGUCACCGUAUGACAGGAGCUUUUUUUGGUGUUUUUGGUGCAGCUACUAAAUGUGCAAUGUGUUAUGUAGCCUGGUUUAUUAUUUUUUUACAAGCUACAAAGCUCAUUUGUAGUCCAAUUGUAUAAGCUGUGUGCUUAGAGGUAUAACACAACUAUACUAUAACUUCAGUAUCAUAGACAGGUGUUGCAUGGUUCUAGGGUUUGUUCAUUUCCUGUUUCCACUGUAAUCAGGACUGCAAAUAGUUUCAAUAAAAGUGCAGCUAAAAUGCGAACGGUUAAGUGUUACAAUAUUGUACAUAAAGCCUUGAUGAUUCCCUCUUUUAGUUUCACAAUUUCAUCCAUUUCCCUCAUUCCUGUUUUUCAUCUGGCUGGAGAUUUCACCACUGCUUGCAAAUCUUUUUUUUUUCUCAUUCAUCCUAUGCCUUGAGGACUAAUUUUUGAUUUUUGUACUUUCUUUCUAUCUAAUAAUGCACUGUUGACCUUAAUGGUGCCUUAUGCAAGUGACUCAGCCUCGUGGUAGUCGUGGUUCGCUCCCUCGGGAAGUCACAUUUGUUGUAUGGGUGAUUUGACAAGCUUGAUCAAGGCUCAAUUACAUAUUUGCUCUCGCGCCUCUUAAAAGACAGUUGUCUACAUCCACAUCUGAAUAAUCAUGUUAAAAUGCAAAUGUUCAGAAAACAUACCUUUCCUCAGACUUUUUUUUCAUUUUUGAGCAAGUUGAUUUGUCACAUUCAAUUAAGUCAGAUCAUGUAAAUAAGACAAAUGCUGUAUGUUUAGAGCACUUAAAUUCAUUUAUUAAAGACAUUAACUACUGUGUAGUAUGUACUGAAGUCCAUUACACACAGCUCUAAGGUACAAAAUAACCAGACUAGGUAGACAAAAAUGGGUUUUUUUUUAGGUGCAGUGCUGCUCCUUUUUCCUUGUAUCCCUCCCCACCGCCACCACCACCACCACCAAACCCCAACACCAUCCUCCCCCCCCCCCCACCCUCGCUGCUUGUCGCUGCCUCCCUGCAAGUGGGACUGAAGAAAAAGCUAAAGAUUUAUUGUAAUUAACAGGCUGCAGUUGGACAGGCCUCGCCUUGUACUGCCUCUCAGUAAUGAAUUGCUAAAGGCUUUGUUGGCAUGGAAUCUGUCACAGACUGCUGACUGUGUAGGUUGGUUAUUGACCUGUCUGGGGAGCGUUGUUUUAGCCAAGCUGCAACAGUAUUAUGAAAACCACAGGAGCGAGUGAGGGGGCGGGGGCUCUCGGGAGGAGAUAAAGAUCAACCAUUGACGGUGCGCUUUGGAAAUUUGGCCAAAAAAAAAAAAAAAAAACAAUACCUCCCCUAAAGGUGAAUCUGAAUUUGUUAGAUUUUUCAGGGGGGCAGGUGGAGGCAAAGGGGGAUGGAUACUUAACAAAAGGUGGAGACCAAAAUAAUUAUAGGGAUUAAGCCUAUUACUGCUUCAGGAUAAAGUGAUCUGUGCCACCCACUCCAGAUCAGCGACCUUGCUGUAGGAAUUCGAUGUUGCAGCAAGUUGCACCGCGGCAUGCUACGACAUAUGGAUUUCAGAUCGGCGGGUGAAAGAGGCAGGAUGAGUACAAACUUGAAACUGCUUGCUGCAAUAGAUUUGGGAGUGCUGGCAGUGCCUUUUGUGGGCAAAGGCAAGGAACAUCCAUUCUGUGAAAGCAGCAGCCGAUACUGUUCAAGUGGUAAUUGAGCCUUGAUUUAGCCCCAUGUUUGCUCGCAUCUUUUACACUUUCCAUCAUCUCUUUCAUCCCACUAUCCCAACUAUUCUGUCUCUCUCUCUCUCUCUCUCACACACACACACACACACACACACAGCUCUUUGUUCUCAACUGAAUCUUUGUAUAAAAAGAAAAAAAAACAACUUUUGUAAAAUUGUUAUGUUUAUGCUUUAUGAAAUUUUUAUUUGAAAUUGUUUUGCAAAAUUGUUAUAUUUCUGUAUGAAUGUAUUUUUUAUUGGAAUAAUAAGAAAUUCUUAUCUGA